AUGACGAAAGGCGGCCAUCGCAAGAAGGCGGAGGAAUCUGACUAUGACAGUGAUGACCCUAGAGCAUACGCCAAAGAGAAAGAACCAGACCCGUCUUCCAGGGACUAUAUCUAUGAUGAAGUUGACGAGUUUCAUGCCAACAAAGAAAAAAUCUCCUUGGAUGUAGGCACAGCGCUAGGACCAGCUGAUAGCUCUGACAAUGAGGAGGAAGAGGUUCUUGGCUGGGACGACGAGGACGAUGAAGAGGACGCCAUCUUGAAAGAGAGAUUGCAGCGCUUCAGGAGGCAGGAGAAGAUGGAUGAGAUGGCGAGCGAUCUGGAAGACGAGGAGGAUGACGACGACGAAGGCGAUGGGGAUGCAGACAAGAUAAGCUCCAAGGCGUGGGGAAAGAGAAAACAGAACUAUUAUGACACCGACUAUGUGGAUGAUGACCUUCCAGGUUUGGAUCAGUUGGAGGAGACUGCCAACCAAGAAGCAGAAGAGAAAGAAGCCCUAGCCAUCCAGAACAGAAUGGCCGAAGCCCUCCAGGAUGAUGACUUUGGUCUUGAUAUCUUCAAGAGCAGUGAAAAACAAGUAGAAAAAGCAACUACAGAUGACCUUGAGAGUGAGGAGAAGGUCACCAAAGAUCUCAGCAAACUUUCAAAGAGAGAAAAGUUAGAGCUUUUGAAAAAGGAAUCACCAGAGUUUCUACAGCUUGUGGCAGACUUCAAAGUAAAGAUGCGUGAGCUGAUAGAUCGUCUCCAGCCUCUAGUGGGUCUUAUCAAGGAUGGCGUUAUCCAGGAAGGCUCAGAGGGAGCUCAGUAUGUCCACACCAAAUACCAACUCUACCUCAGCUACUGCAUGAAUAUUAGUUUCUACAUGAUCUUGAAGGCCAAACAUGUUCCAGUUUCCAACCAUCCUGUCAUCGGUAGAAUCUUGGGUUUCGGAAAGCUAAUAUCUGAAUUGCAACCCGUCGAUGAGAAAUUAGCAGAGGAAAUAGAAUCUCUCUUGAGCCAAGCAGAGGAUGUUGAAAAGGAGACCAAACAGACAAGAUUAGAAAGAGAAGAAGAACAAGAAGAACUUCUUGUAGCACCAAAGAUAGACAAGAAAAGGAAAAAAAAAAGGAACCAAGAAGACACCACAAUAGAAGCAGAGUCAACAUCCACUAAACGAAAGAAGACUCUGCCCUCGUUAUCAGAAGAGGAAUUAAAGGCUCUUGAAUACUACAAGAAAAUAGAGAGUAAACAGCAAGAGAAGAAGAAACAAGAGCUACCAUCUAUUGGAGAUUUGGAUGAGGAGGGUGAAGAGGAAGAAGAUGGAGACGAGAAGAGGGCCAUCACCUACCAGAUUUCCAAGAACAAGGGAUUAACAGCCUACAGACGCAAGGAGCUCAGGAAUCCUAGAGUCAAGAACAGGAUGAAAUUCCGCAAGGCCAAGAUCAGGAGAAAAGGACAGGUACGGGAGGCAAGGACAGAGUUACAGCGAUACAGUGGAGAGGUAUCAGGGAUCAGAGCUGGGGUCAUCAAGAGUGUCAAGAUCAGAUGAGAUUAUCUUUAAUCUGUCUUAUCUUCAGAUCUUCCUAUCUUCAUUUUUAUCAUCAGUCUAUCUUUUGGGUUGUCAAGAGUGUCAAGAUCAGAUGAGAUUAUCCUCAAACUGUCUAACUUCAGAUCCUCCUAUCUUCAGUUUUAUAUUCGGCCGUAUUUUGGGGUCAUUGAGUGUCAAGAUCACAUGAGAUUAUCAACAACAAUUUAUAUCUUGAGCCCCAUAUUCAGUCCUAUAUUUGGGGUCAUCAAGUGUCAAAAUCCGACACGAUUAUCUUCAACCCCAAUUCAGUUCUGUAUGUGGAAUCAUUAAGAGUGUCCAGGGCCCCAUAACACAAGGUUAGCGAUUAAUCGUAUGCUUGAUUUUCAUGGUUGAUUGUACAUUGUAUUCUAGGGAAUCAAUCGUAGAAAAAUGUUCUACGAUCAUUGCUAAGCUUUGUGUUACGGCCCCUGAUCAGAUAAGAUCAUCUUCAAUCCUAUCUACAAUCCUUUUGUAAGGGUUCAUACGCUAACCUCAUGGGGACCUUGCACCUCCAUUUAAAAGACUCUAUGAUCGAUCUAGUUAUUCAAGAUUUUAUAGUGUAACAGCCAACCAUAGGAUGGACAGACAUGACAGUGAUCCCUUUUUCUCCCCUCUACUUCUGGUGCACUCAAUGAAAACAGGAUACUUCUGCUCUAAAUUAAAGAUUAUACAAUAGAAUUUGUUAGUAAUUACCCAUUGUAUCACACCAAUUAAUUUGUGGACCGAUUGGGAUCACAAAUAAUUUAGCUGUUAUAUAAAGGGGGGGUUCUCAAAGGAUUCCGUCUCACUUUCAGGUUAUGUUAAAAUUACGAGCGUGCUUAUCAGAUUAUUACAUACAAGAAGUAGAGCUUGUUCCUUGAACGUAAUUUGGGCCCCGUCUUGAGUUGCGAUUGAUCCGAUCAACCACAACUAUGGAAAGCCAGCGACGUCGACAUCUAAAAUGCAUGUUUGUUCAAAAUAUUUUCUGGACAUGCUGUUUAUUCAUAAAUUCAUUGCUUUCUUGAAAAGUGAGGGUGCUUCUCUUGGUUUACAAAGGACAUUGCACAAAUUUCCUAGAGAAAAAUAUGACCUGAUGGAUUUCCAUACAUUUUAGAUUGAUCCAAACAAUCGUAACUCUUCGUAAGAGGGGGGCCCUGAUCAUUUGAAACAUCAACCUGUACCCCGUUGUAUUUAAGUUAGUAUUAGGGUAACUUUACCCUUCAGUUGCAACUUCUAUGGAAUCCUUGAUUUUGAUUGGCUGUUGAGCAUUGUUACCAUGGUAACAUUAUCAUAAUAGUAUUUUUAAUGCAACAUUACAGUGCCCAUAUAUCAUUUUAUAUUAAAUAAUAAACACUAUAAAAAA